CCGCAGAAAACAGCGGCAGAUGACAGCAGGCUGUUGCGCAGGAACACACCGUAAACUAACUGACUUCGCGUUAACCGACAGCACCUUUCUGGACCUCAGCUCUGACCGCCGUCGUUGAGCCAAAAUGUCGAAGAAGCAGAUUUUCUACUCGGACAAGUACAACGACGACGAGUUCGAGUACAGACAUGUUGUGCUUCCCAAGGAGCUGUCCAAGCUGGUGCCCACCUCCCACCUGAUGACAGAAGACGAGUGGAGAGGACUCGGGGUGCAGCAGAGCCAGGGCUGGAUCCACUACAUGAUCCACAAACCAGAGCCACACAUACUGCUCUUCAGAAGACCCCUCCCGAAGGACUAAGUGGGAGCCACCUGUACAUAGCUGCUAUCUUCUUUGCUGAUUUCUGUUGUCUUUGGACCAUAUAUCUGUCAUUCAUCUCUACAUGUGUUGUAAUGUAUUGUGUAGAAAACAGAGAGCCUGUAAGUGUAGAGCGUGUUUAGUUCUUUCAGAUUCCCUCUAUUUGUUUUCGAGGUGAUGAAAGAGGACUGUGAAUGGAGCCCUGUGACAGUGUGAAGGGGAGUUUGCCUGUCAGUUGUACACUUUUAGCACAUUUUAAAAAAUGUCUCCUGAUGACAUUUUGUCAAACUGAUUUAUUUACUGAGCUGUCACACAAGCACAGGGCUUUAUUUUGCUCGAGCCCGUGACUGUGUUUGGACAUAUCUGUUCUUUAAGCUUGUGUUUGUCCUACAUGCAUAUAUUAUUUCUAGAUAUUAUACAUUUUGUCACUGAGUUAUAGUUGAUUAACAAGUUCUUUGUGACUCAAAGAACAAAAUAAAACGUGUCUUCAUA